GCAUUGGUGCACCUACUGGAGGGGCAGUAGGUGGCCACCUCCAUUUUCAAAAGUGAAGAGUGGAAGGUCAAAUUUGAUUUCAGCUUGCUUAGUGCUUGCCUCUCCCGUUCAACAGCCCUGCUUAGUUAUUGAGCAAGGGAAAGGGAACCUUGGGAAUUCAUAAAGUACCUUAAGAGAUGGAAACUCAACAGUGCCACAGGAAGCCUGAGUAUGAAACUUCUGUGUGAAGAAAGUGAAAGAAAAGGAAAGUGAAUUUAAACAAAGUUUUGCAUAAGAAGCAUCAUAGCCAGCACAAUUUGUCAGCUAUGGAAGAAGGCAGUCAAGUAGCAACCCUGCCACCAGCAAGUCUUGACAAUGGGGAAAUGUCAAUGAGAAUGACUCCAAAUCCCAUGGAUGCAGACAGUCCAAUAUCAUGUUCCUUUGAGGCUGAUCCUGGAUUGGAUGGCACUCACAGCAGUGAGGAGGAGCUUGAAGGCAUUAAUGGGCACCCUGAAUCUUUUGAGAAUGGCAUUCAGUCAGGGUCUAAUAUGACUGGUCAGAUGGGUCCAGAGCACAAACGAAAAUGGAAUCGAUCAGCCAGUUCUGCAUCCUCAGAUGAAGAGCUGAUAGAGUUUCGAGCAUCCCCACCGGCACAUGCUCACAAGCCGGCGGGUGUUGGCAUCGUUCGCCCACCACCAUCCAAACAGGUGCAUAGAGAGCCUGAUAGCUGGGGAUCGGAAGAGGAUGAACCACCACCCAGGGCUGAAUACAUGGUUCUCAGGGAACGGGAUCGAGAGGGGCGAUGCAUCUCUUCUUCCCCACCAAUUCUUUCCUCUCAUCUUCGUACCCAAGGUGCUUCCUCAUCCUCAUCUCCACGCAAACGACACCGUCAGGGUUUGCAUGACAAACCUCCACGACCUUGCUUGGAUUUUGAGAAGAUGCAACAGAAAAAGGUGCGGGCUGUGACAACUUGGAGGGAGUCAGGGGAGUUGGCCCUUUCCUGCUGGUGACAAAUGCCUAUUCAUGGAUUGGCCAUUACAAAAAGGAGGAGCAUAGCCUGGAAGUUUUUUCCCCUGCCCAUACAUAGGAUGAGAGCAUCUCAGGAUGUGAAUAAUAAUUUACCUGAAUGUACAAUGGAUACACAAACAGAGACACUGUCCCCCAUAAUUUUUGCAUUAGCCUGAUGUUCAUGUCAGGUGAAUUGUGUGGUGCCCCCUUUAUUUACCUCAUUUGCCAAUUGUGGUAUUCAGUCUAAACCAUCCAGUGCUGUAUUUUGUUAUUUUCUGUUCAUAUGAUGAACAGACCAUAAUAAGCCUUUCCCCCCAGUGGUUUGGCAGAUUUUCCUCAUCUGGUAUUAUUUAGUGGCAUGAAAUCUUAUGCAAUUAUGAGGCUACCCUUAGGAUUUCAUGCUGAUGAAUUUGUCAGUGAAUGAAUGAGACCCUGCAGCCUUGGAUGCU